UUCCCUUAGUGCCUUACCACAAUAUGAUUUUCUCGAAACAAUUCCCUCUUCUUCUCUUUUUCUUCUUCUUCUUCUUCCCUCUCCUAAAUGCCUCAGAACCAAAACGUUGCUACAGUUCCUCCACAGGAGGAAACAACCUUGACGUUAGGUUCCCUUUCUGGCUACCCCCUGAGCAAUCUUCUUCCUGUGGCUACCCAGGAUUCAACCUCCAUUGCACCGAUCGUCAUAAGACAGCCUUAAAGCUUCCAAACUCCGGAUCAUUUCUCGUCCGAGACAUAAAAUCGCAGCGUAUUCGCCUCAGCGACCCUGAUAACUGCUUAGCCAGGCGGCUUCUCAGCUUCGAUGCUUCAGGGUCUCCUUUUUCUCCUCUUCACCUUGUCAACUACACUUUCUUGAGCUGUCCUACCGAAAACGUCAAAUCCUCUUCUUUGGAACCCAUCCAUUGCCUUGGUAACUCCACAACCUCCUUCUUAGCCACACCUUCAGAUCUCACCGGUUCAAUGCCGUCCUCUUGUCAAAUCUCCAAGACACUACUUCUUCCGGUCUCUUCACCACUCGCAGUUGACCUCAACAAACAAGACCUCUGGCUGAAAUGGGACUCACCGGAUUGCACAGGUUGUGUUGAUUUUAGUCCGUUAUGUGGCUUCAUAAACAAUACCACCCUCAAAGUCAAAUGCUUCGCAUACGUUGAUUCCGGAAAUCCCUGGUUAAUAACGUUAAAGAUAUUGUGCUUAUGCCUAUCGGUACCAUUCUUCCUAGUGAUAACUCCUGCCCUCUGUAUUAUUUUUAUCCCAAUCCAAAACCAAAAAUCCAAGAAUGUCCCUUGGCGAAAUGAUACUCUCUGUCCCAUUUGUUUAUCAGAAUACACAAGUGAAGAGACCGUUAAGUGCUUACCCGAAUGUGAACAUUGCUUCCACACCGAAUGCAUCGACCCGUGGCUCAAGUUGCAUAAUUCUUGUCCGGUUUGUCGGAGUCCAUAUUGAUUG